GGUGAUUCCAAACGAAAUGGUGAAGCAACGGACUGUGUGUCAAGGUACCCGUUUAUAUCGCUCGUUUGUGAAAGUUUGAAACAUGUUAAACACAACAGUCAAACAGAAGAGACCCGCUCCGAAAGCGACCAAAAUAUCCAAAACACUGAAUGUAUCAUCUGGAAUAUUGCAUGCAAAUCAAAGCUUCAUAAAGAGCACCCGCAGUUCAUUCAGCAGAAGAAGCUUCAGUUCAGGAGAAGAUAGUAAAACUUUAGAUAAGUGCUUUGGCCAACCACCAAAACACAAUGUACAGGUGUUUGAUGAAACUGGUCGGGAUGUCGCUCCUCAGCCAUUGUAUCAUGCAGAUCCUGCAGUACAGUUUAAACAGGGCAAAACAUCUACUAUGCAUGACAGAUCAUGGGGUACUACAACAGAUUUCAUGUCUUUAGCCCUCCAGACCAAUGCAAGCUUGGCUGCACCAUUUACAAGGUCUUUAUUGGGGAGCAUUGUAGCAUCCAAAACAAGCCAGUCGACAGCAGAAUCAGUGGCUGAUGAAGCUGAGGAUGUCUUGAAACAUGACCUAGCCACCAGUUUCUCAGAUGUCCAGGUUGAGGAGGCCAUGAUAGACAUCGUGGUAGAUUGUUACCUUACUGAGACAGACACUAUGUGGCUGUUAGACAUUCCUUCAGUUUCUGUGUCAAUAGAUUCAAAGAAUGCCGAGGCAAUAAAGGAAAGGAACAAUGCUUACAAAGAAUUGUGUAAAAACAGACAAGGCAAUGAUAAAUAUGUGGAGCGCUCAAUGCAGACAUUCAAUGGUGCCCUAAAGACAAAGGAGGUCCAAUGUGAUACUGUUACCUUGAAAGACAAAGCUGUCAUGUCUACCGUCUGGGACAUGUAUGAUUCAUUCUGCACUGAAACUGGAGAGGUCAGUGAACAUGACACUGUAACGUUUUCUGAAGAAAAGAAGGCUGUUGUCCAAGGCAGAUCCUCUAUGAGUCUCCAAACCAACUCUAAGGGGAUUGACAUGACUGUUUCUAUGAUCAGCACCAUCGGUGCAGGCAGUGGUGCGAGCUCUUAUAUUGAAAUGGGUGCCUUUGCAUCUCUGACGAAGGAAGAGCCAGACCCUGAGCUGAUCUUACAGUCUGACAAAUUCAAGCAGGAUGUGGCUGUGAUGGAGAGGGUGGUUCUGGAAAAUAUCUUCCAACCUAAGUUUGCUGCAUACAGACAGCUGCCGGUCAUAGAAGAUCCAGACCGUGUGCAGCCAGAAAUGGAAGUGGACAGUUGGACAGAUCCGAACAGCAUGAGCCCAUUCCUGGAGCACCUGUGGGCCUUCAGGUGUGAACUCACCAUGGGCCGAAAUAUCAGCAGUAUGACCUGGAACAAGAGAAACCCAGAUCUUCUUGCUGUGGGAUAUGGAGAGUUUAAUUUCAAAGAUCAGAAAUCUGGACUUGUUUGCUGCUGGUCUUUAAAGAACCCCACGUGGCCCGAGCGAAUCUUUCAUUGCGAGAGUGGGGUAACUGCUCUGGAUUUCUCAGCUUGUAAAGCCAGUCAGCUGGCUGUAGGAAUGUAUGAUGGCACCAUUGCUGUCUAUAAUGUACAGAGCACAGAGCAAACGGCCAUCAUUGACAAAAGUGACUCGGCCAACAUGCACACAGGUCCAGUGUGGCAUCUGAAAUGGAUUCUUAAUGAGAAAGGGCGGUCUGGUGAGGAUAAAGAGGAGAUACUGAUUUGUGUGUCCGCUGAUGGACAGAUUAGCAAGUGGUUCCUCCGCAAAGACCUGAAACGCACCGAGUUGAUGAAACUGAGGAAAACUAAAGACAGAGAUGAGAAAAGCACAAAACUGAGUACAUAUAAAAGCAAGUGUGAUGUGCCAAUUUCACGUCUGGGUUCAGGCCUGUGUUUCGAUUUCAAUCCUAAGGAUUCAAAUAUCUACCUGGCUGGAACAGAGGAGGGUGAAAUACACAAGUGCUCUUAUUCAUAUAAUGAGCAGUUCUUGGAUACUUACGAAGCCCACAAAGGUCCCGUUUAUAAGAUAAGAUGGUCACCGUUCAAUCCAGAUGUUUUCCUAAGUUGUUCCUCAGACUGGAGCAUUCAGCUGUGGAAGCAUGACCUGCUUACACCUGUCCUAAGUUUUACCUCCAGCCAAAAAGCUGUGUAUGAUGUUGUGUGGUCACCGCACUGCGCCACUGUGUUUGGAGCUGUCAGUGAGGGCAGGGUGGAGAUCUGGGACCUGAGAAUCAACAUUCUUGACCCAACCAUCGUAAACAUGACCAGUCCAGAAAUGAAGCCGACCAGUCUGCUGUUCACCUCUGAGACAGACUGUGUUCUGGUUGGGGACAGUGAAGGUGAUGUCAGUGUGUACAAGCUCAAAAACUUUACUACAGGAGACAGCACACAGGUAGAUGCAUUGGAGGAUAUAAUUCAGUCUACACUGGCCAGUCAGCUCUGAGUGUCUGCUUGUCUGUCCUGUUUUUUAUUUUGUUACUUUUUUGUUUAUUUGUCUCUUUCUUCCCUCUUGUGUUCAUCUGUGUCUUGUUAUCUCUGAUUAUACAGCCCUUGUGUUUUCCUUGUUCUUGGUUUAGUCUUGUGUUCUGUUCAUUGUCAAACUGGGUGACAUUGACUCUAUUUCUAAAUUAAAAUAAGCCCUUUUUUACUUUAUGUAAUAGUACGUGUAUUGCUUCAAAUAUUGUUUUUCAAAAACAAAAAGCAAUGUGAUUAGGUCACUUUAUUUUAAAGGCAAUUAUGGGAUUUAGCGGCAUCUAGCGGUGAGAUUACAAAUUGCAACCAACUCUGCAUCGGGUAUUUGCUAGACCAGUGUUUCCCAACCAGGGGCCGGGGCACACAAGGGGGCCUCAAGAUGACUAAAAAUUAAAAAAAAUUGGACAAAACAAGCAUUAAAAUAAGCUAAAACAAGCACAUUAUUUUUUGGCCAUUUUAGUAGCGAAUAUACAUCGGUCUAGUCAUUCCAUGCUCUAAUUAAUUUAAUUUGGAAAAAUUGAAUGAGUGGGGGCCUUCAAAUAUUGUUAUGGGCAACUAGGGGGCCUUGAAGUGAAAAAGGUUGGGAACCAUUAUGCUAGACUACAGUCAAUUGAAAUGUGUCAUGUGUGUUAAUGGAUAAAGAGUUUCUUUACUGCUUGCCCUCAGCACAUUACAUCCGAAUUAUGGCAUCUGAUCCCUAUCACACUUUUACAAAUGACUGUCAUUACUGAACUAUUGUUCUUUGUAACUUCUCAGAAACGCCCUAUAAUGUGUCCAUUUUAGUGUUAAUCAAACAAUUUAGCAAUAAAGAUUCAACUAAGCUGACAUAAACAAAUACACUAGAGAGCUUUUAAAACUUGAUAGCAGGAAGUGGAUCCUGCUCUUUUGCUAAUGUGACUGUCUGCAUUGUGUGUAUU